UCCAUCUGGGUUGUUCCUCGGGGUGUUUUUGAGAUUGCCACCCAACUCAAGCAGGCAGAGAGGCCCAGGGACAGCAUGAUGGACCUUUUUGAAACUGGCUCCUAUUUCUUCUACUUGGAUGGGGAGAAUGGAGCCCUGCAGCAGCUGGAGAUGGCUGAGGGAUCCCCGCUGUACCCAGGCAGCGAUGGCACCUUGUCUCCAUGUCAGGACCAAAUGCAGCCAGAGGCCGGCAGCGACAGCAGCGGAGAGGAGCAUGUGCUGGCACCCCCGGGACUACAACCCCCUCACUUCCCCGGCCAGUGUUUGAUCUGGGCUUGUAAAACUUGCAAGAGAAAGUCGGCCCCCACGGACAGACGGAAAGCAGCCACCCUGCGGGAGAGGAGAAGGCUGAAGAAGAUCAACGAAGCCUUCGAGGCUCUGAAAAGGCGGACUGUGGCCAACCCCAACCAGAGGCUGCCCAAGGUGGAGAUACUGAGGAGCGCCAUCAGCUACAUCGAGAGGCUGCAGGACCUCUUGCACAGGCUGGAUCAGCAGGAGAAAAUGCAGGAGAUCGGGGGGAACCCCUUCAGCUUCAGCCCCAAGCAGGGAAAUAUCCCCAGUUCGGACUUCCUGGGCACCUGCAGCUCCGACUGGCAAAGCGUUUCUGACCAUUCCCGAGCCCUAGGAGUCAGCCCCAAAGAAGGAGUCUCCGCUGUCGAGUCGUCGGCCUCCAGCAGCCUUCGCUGCCUCUCCUCAAUAGUGGACAGUAUUUCUUCCGAAGAUCCCAAACUCCCCAGCGCGGAGGAAGCGGUGGAGAAAUAAACCGGGUUUUGUGGUAGUAUAUUUAACAGAGAUGGAGCCUCCACCCUCUCUCCUCUAAACUAAGUAACGAAGCAAAUUCACACAGUGGAAAGCCCAAGCAGGGCCCUUUUCAAGAUCGAAUCAAGGUACACCUACCCCAAAGAAAAUGGCUCUCACCACUGACUCCAGCCAGACAGACUUCUCCCUUGCCUUUUUUUUUUUAACCCGAGUUUUGUUUUCUUUAAAUUGUGUUGCAUAAACCACCCUUCCUUUUUUUUUUAAUUUUUAUUUUUAUUUUAAAUUUUAAGAUACUUACCUGUGUACCGGUGAUCCGCUUUGUCUGAGACUCACCGGGAAGUUCAUUCCUGUCUGAGUGAAGCCCUUGGUUGUAUUGCGUGUGAGUCAUAUUUAAAGAGUCCCCGCCUCAUUUCGUUCCUGUAAAUAAUUUCAGUACUGUCUUUUUUUUUUGUAAACAUAACGUAUAUAUUUAAAUGGUGGAAUGUGAUAUUGUAUA